AUGCGCCUCCUCAUCCACGACUUUAUCAACGUGGAAAAAGAUGCCAACGCAGCACGACGAAUCAACAGCACUACUCACCCACACUACAUUAGCCUCCCAUAUUUUGAUCAACAGCAAGCUGAUGCGGUAAAAGCAGCCGUUGUAGACACGAUUUCCGCGGUCGAGCAGGAGCAGGAGCAGGGGCAGGGGCAGGAGCAGGAGCAUCUCGCUGUGCUGGCCAGCAUUCCCUCCCAGCAAGGACAAAGAUUUGAUGCGGCACUCGCGGCAUUUUUCCAGAAUUUCUUUGACAAGCGACGAGCGAGUGGUGACGCUCGGCCGUGCGGACCUCACAACCUAGCUCCCGUGUACGCGUUGCUAUUUGGCAUCGACAAGAAGGAGCUAGACAGCCCACAGUUUCAGAGUCGAAUUAGAAAAGAGCGGAUUUAG